AAUCGCAUCGAACGCGCCGUCGCGUUCUUUUCCCGCGAGAUAACGGUACGCACCUCGCACGCCAACGGUGGUAUCGUGCCGUAGUCGUCGUCGAUCUCGAUCGUUCGGAGAACAACCGAAAUCUUCUGAAGGAUCCGUUUUUUUCUAACCCUUGGAAACCUGGGGGCGCGAAUCCAUGGACCGUGUGCGAUCGGAACGCGCGCGCCCUUCGAUCGCACGUUAUUAAAAUUAUAUAUAACGAUGACGAGAGGACCGCGGCGCGCGCGUCUCGAGAAAGUACAGGCGGCCGAUUUUUAUAAAAUAUUUCCGUACCGAUAAGUAGGUCUUGCGGCAUAUGAUAGUCACAUCCUGGUUCUUUAGAAUAAUACAAUUUUUUUUUUUCCAUUCCGUUCCUCCGCUCAUUAUACACGCGACUGGAUAGUAGAAAGUGAAAGCGUGUACGUACGGUUUGUACGACCGUCUACUAUAGUAAUAAUAAUAUAUAUUUUAUAUUUUUAUUAUUACAUUGCUGGCAAGCGAGUGUGUGUGUUUGUUUGCGAGAACUGUACGUACGCGUGUGCGUUUGGGCCCUGUUUGCCUGCGCGCGAUUUACCUUUCGUAAAAAACGCAUUCGUACGCGUGUACGUUUUUCGGGACGCGUUCGCGACAAAUUCGAGAAAAAUCUGUGGGACAGACAAGAGUAGAUUUUUACAGACGUCGGUCCGCGUCGACGUUUUUUUAAUGUUUUCGUUGUUUUCAGCGCCGCAUACGAAACGAACAGCGGUGUAGUAAUGAUACCGUUGUAGUAUUUUUAAGUACGAACCACAUCGGUAUUAUUACAUCCAGCCUAAAACAAAAAGAUUAAAGUAUGAAUACUGGAAGUUAUCCUACAUUUGUGACCGCUGCGCCGGCAACUUCAUUUAAUACCUGUUCAAGUGCAAACAUGACUCAAGUGAAUUCAGGAAACAAAUAUACAAAUGUUCAACAACAAACUGAUACAGCUAACACUAAUACAGUAGUUAAUACUUCUAAUACUAGUGGACAAGUUGUUGCACUAUUGAACAGUGAUGAAGCAGGUGUAACUUAUUUGAGGCCUCUGGAUUCAAAUGGUUUUGCUGUAAAUCUAGCAGGAGUUGGAUCAUCUAAUCAACAAGGACAAAUAUUUACUAUUCCCAUAACUGUUCCUGGUUCUAAGCCUGGAGAACAAAGCCAAACUAUACAAAUUCAAGUAGUUGGGCAAGGUGGUAUAUCUGGCGAUAAACUUUUGCCUGUUUUUGGUCCAGUAUUACAACUAGCAUAUAACCAACAACAAGACAAUGGAACCAUUCAACUUCAGUUGCAGCAAGAAGGUGAUGUUUCAAAUGACCAAAUACAUAACAACAACAAUGAUUCAAUGCAAUCGUCUGAUUUAUUACAAGACGUUCAAGAAGACCAAGAUAUGAUUCAAGAUGUCAAACCAGUAAUUAUCGAACAAAGCGGCACAGAUAGUAAUGGUUUACCAUUUCCAUUAGCAGUAGUGGUAAAUCAAGACAUGGUUGUGCGGCGUAAUCAGCAAGACAACAAACUAAUUGGCGAUCAAAAAGAUAAUCAGGCGGACAAACGAUUAAGAAUUCAAAAUGAACAAGAUCCAGCAAAUCAAUAUGUUAUGACUUACUCAUCUAAUUCAAAUAAUUCUGUUUCAUUGGCUGAUUAUAUUUCAAUGAAUCACGAUAAUAUACCUCUUGGACAUUUUUUAAAAUUUUCACCUGACAAUAAUAAAAGAGAUAGUAUGGAAUCAUCUGGUAACCAAGAUGAUGGCAAUAGUGAAAUGGUAGUUUACGAAGAUACCAAUAGUGGGGAAAAGGGUAAAAGAAAAAAAAAAUACAAAAAGAAACCACCAGCUGCUCGAAAACCACGACCUGGUCAAAUACAUAUUGCAACUGCCUUAGAUGGUACACUUCUAUUUUGUUGUCCAGAAUGUAGUAUGGCUUACCCCGAUAAAGAAAUGCUUGAACAACAUUUAGUUGCUCAUAAAAUAGAAAGGAGAUUUAUAUGUGACUUAUGUGGUGCUGGACUUAAACGAAAAGAACAUCUAGAACGACAUAAAUUAGGUCAUAAUCCAGAACGUCCAUUUGUUUGUAAUGUUUGUUGUAAAGGUUUCAAAAGAAAAGAGCAUUUAAAUUUACAUGCUGUGAUCCACUCUGGUGUAAAAACUGAAGUAUGUCAGGAUUGUGGUAAAGGUUUUUAUCGGCGAGACCAUUUAAGAAAACAUACUCAAAGUCAUAUUACUAAACGUUUAAAAGAAGAACAUGCAGCUCUUCAACAAAUGGCAGAACAAGUAACAGUAUCAGAUCGUCAAAAAAUGUCCGUCCCCGAGCUUAUCCAAAAUCAAAGUCAUUCAGGACCAAUCAUUAACUUGGCUCAUCAAGAAAUGAUAAUUGAUGCUGUUGCUAGUGGAAGACACGACAGCCCUACCCCUCCAAGUGAUCAUCAAAUUGUCAUCACCAAAGGCAACCAAAAACUUACUGAACAAGAGUUGAUUAUACUACAGCAGCAGCAACAGCAGAUUCAACAACAGCAGCAGCAGCAACAAUUACAACAACAACAACAGCAGCAACAACAACAACAACAACAACAACAGCAACAGCAACCAAAUAGUCCAAAUAUAGCCCAACAAGAAAUGAUCAUAGAGGCUGUAGGACAACAACAUCAUAGUCCAUCUCCACCACAUGUGGAACACCAUCAAGUCGUUAUUACUAAACUAGAACCAGCAGAAGAUUCAAGAGAAAAUGAUAGUAUUGUUUUGACUCAGUCUGAUGCUAGGGAAGCACUUGGUUUACUACACCAUCAAUCUCAAUGACCUAUACUUUCAAUUGCCAAGGUGACAAUUAAACAGGAGCCACCAUAAUAAUGCAAGUAUACUAUUGGUAAUCUAUAUUAAUCGUUUCCUAAAAGUCAUUUGAUCUAAAAUCAAUGUUAACAUAUAUAAUAUGAUACUAUUUUUAAAUUCUACCAAAAAUAACUUCCAUUAUUUUUUUUAACAAUUAUAUAGAAACAGAUGUGCUCAAUAUUGUAAAUAAUAAAAUUUACAUGGAUGACAUUGUUUUGCAUGAACAGCAAAUAGUUUUGUGAGUUUCAAUAUUUUAUUAAUACAAACAUAUUAUAUUUUAUUAUUUCUGACUGUCAAAAGUAAAUGUCAACUAAAAUUUUCCGUUAACCUAGCCUUUUCAUUAUAUUGACGCAUAAUAUUAUUUAAGAUCAUCAAGUUAUAAUAUUUUAUUUUACUAUAAUUAUAUCAUCAUAUUAUUAUUGAAUUUUGAAUACAUUUUGGUUAAAUAGAAGAUUGUGAGGAGAAAAGACUCAUUGCUUAUUUCAAGUAAAUAGGAUAAAACAAUAAAAAAAACCAAUCUUGCUCACCCUUCUUUAUUUGUUGAAGAUACAUAAUUCAUCCCAUUGACAAAAUUAAAACCUAAAAUAUAGAUUAAUCUGCAGUACUAAAAGCAGAAUAAUAGACGACAUAUUUUAUAUUUUUUUAAAUUUUAAAACAUUAAGGUAAUUAAAAAUUAUUAUAUAAAAACUGUAUAGUCUAUUUUAUUUAUAACGAAAUUGUAUAUUUCUAACUUUCAUUAUUAUUGAUGGAAAUAUUGUGUAAACAUGUUAUUUUUAUUUUUUACUAAACAUUUUAUUGUUUGUUAUAUUAUUAUUAAAAUAUUUAUGUCUAAAGUAUAAUAAUAAUAUAUUUUACUUUAUUAACAAAAACUUGAAUAUAAAUGUAGCAUGCUCUACAUUUAAAUUAAAUUAAAUUAUUUAUAACAAUAUGAUAUAUUUUUUAAUUUAUUGAACAGUUAAUGUGUACAUUUCCUAUUAAUGCUUGAUAGUUUCAUUUUUUUUUUAUGUUUUAUUAUAUUAUGACUUUUUUAACCACAUUCUUUAAUAGAAAAAUCGUACAUUAUCAAUACAAUUAGUUUUAUAUUAAAUAAUUGAUUUAAAAUGUGUUUGAUACUAUAAUUGACCAAAGUUUGGUAAAUUACAUAUAUUUUAUUACCAAAUAUAAUUAAAAGUUAAGUCUAUAAUUUUUUAAUAAAUUGUAAAUUAAUGCUUUUAAAAACAUCUAAUACUUUAUUUUUUUUUAAGUAAGCACUGUGAUACAAAAAAAACUAAAUUUAAUUUAUGUCUAUGGCUUUUCUGUAAUGUCUUAAAGAUAUCAGAUAUUAAUUAUGUGAUAAGUUGUAGUUUCCAUGCAUACAUAUAAUAUGUAUAUGUAUGUAUGUACUCAUGCAUAUUUAUAAACAAUGUACACUAUGAUUUUAGAAAUUUAGCAAUAAUAAUUUGAUUUGAGGGUAAAAUAAUACAAUGUUAGUUUAUGUAUGUUCACAAUAAGUUAAGUAAUUUUAAUGUAACCUAAGAAAUCCGUUAUUUUGUAUUAAGAUUAUUUUUUGUUUUUGUUAUGUUGUCAAUUAAAAUUGUCUAAACCAAAAAAAAAAUGUAAUUCACAUACUAGAUAAUAUGUUUAAUGUUCUAUAAUUUUAAAUGUGAACUAUGUGAUAAGUUACAGUGUAAAUAGAGGUGCAUAUCAUCAUCUAGAUCUUAAAAUGUUACAACAAAAAUGACAAUAUUUUUUUUACUUGAUAUGAAUUUUUAUACAGCUAUUUUUGUUAGCCAUAUGAAUGAGGACAAUUUCACAUAUUUUUUAGUUAAAAUUUCAGAAAAAUUGAAUGUUAUUAACUAAUAAUUACUAUCACUUUUAUAUUUAUGUUAACAUUUAUACUUAUGUGUAAGGAAUGUUUUGUAUUGUAUAAAUAUAAUACAUUAAUUUUGUUGGUUGUAUGGGCUAGGUUAAUUCAUUUUUAUUUAAUUCAGUUUACAUUAUAAUUUGUCUUAAUAUUUUUGGUUAAACGGUUUUAAAUAAUACAUGCAUUUAUUAUCAAUGAUUAACAACAUAUUUUUCUUUGUUUUAGUUUUACUUAUAAAAAUAAAUGCAUGUGAUUUGUGUAUUUA